GACAGUCGGAGCGUAAUUUGAAUUGUCAACCGCGUAUCUUAGGAUUCAAUACGUAGUACGGCAAUAGGAAAGUUAGAAUUCGAGAACAAAAAUGCUUCAUCUAGGAUCGUAGCCAAUUGACAGCUUUAAUUAAAGUCACGUAUGCUCUCUCAAGCUGGAUGUUUGUUUCCAACCUAAGAUUAUAUGCUCGAACGUUCUGUUCCUAAGUUAUUCGAUCGAAUUUUGAUCGAAAUUGGUUGAUGCAAAAAUAAGCAACAGAUCUUUAUUAACAUGAAAUAAAAAAUAAAAAUAGGUUCAUAAUAAUAGUGAUUUUUUAUGACUUUUAUAAUAAUAAUUACUUGUCAUGUUGAACAAAAAUAUGAAGACAAUAUCUCGCAUCUGAAGGGAAAGACUGAAAUCUUUGAGUUACGAAGGUUUCAUCUUAUCGAAUUUUUUGAUUAAGAGAACUCAACAAACGAAAACGUCUUAAAGAAAUUUUAUACGGGAUGAAAUAUUUUUCAAAUUGUAGAGGUUCAAAAAAGACAAAUUCAACUUUUAGAAGUCAAUAAUUUUUUUUUAAAUGGACGACACUUUACGUUAUAUAGGUUGCGUAUGAGGAGACGCACGUAGCGCGAUAGCCGAAAAUAUAGUAGGUGUAGCUUGAAAUACGAUUUUUCAUUGUAGUGUUGAUACGUGCGGUAGAACUCUGUUUAUUUCAGAGAAAUUCGGAAAUGGAAAGACUGUAGAAGCAAUCAUAAAUCGGAACUAUGUGCAUAAGGAAAUAUUUAUCGUCACUACCAAGAUCAGUGUAUCAUCGGCAGCAUUCCACGCAACUUCAUCGAUGUAGAUAAUUUCUGUUACAUCAACUAAACUGUCAUUCUUAAGAAACAUGUUUCAUUACGAUAUUUGUUCCAUUUCAAUUUUCAUAUUAUUAUCAUCGAACUUGACAAGUUAUCUUACAUUAGUGAAUUCUUAUGUUGUGCCCACGCCAACGUUUGAAGUGUUAAAUCCAAAGGGAAUUCUUAUAUCGAUAUCGGAUGAGCCCGGCUUACAAUUUUUUGCGUUUCAAGGAAACAUAAAUAGGACUAUUAAGUUGAAUGAAAUAGGACGAAUAUCGGGCGAAGUGUAUAAGAAGAAUAAUGGAAAAUGGAUCGUUCAAAAUCGAAAUAUGGACUUAGCAAACGGAGAUGUUAUACAUUAUUGGACUUAUGUACAAGUUAAUGGGAUAAUGUAUAACAGAGGAGAACAAACCUGGACAAUUACAGAUACUAAUGAGUUAGUGUUCAAUGAAACAUUCGACAUCUUUAAUAACUCACUUUGGAGACAUGAUAUCAAAAUACCGUUAAAUCCUGAUUAUGAAUUUUGUAUUUAUCACAAUAGACAACAUACAUUUGUAGCAUCCGUUAAAAACGGAAUGCUUAAAAUCAAACCAGCGAUUUUAGAAUACCACUAUGGCGUAAAUGCAACUAUGUAUGGAACACUAAUACUUAGCGAGUGUAGUAGUACGAUUCGAGCUGAAUGCCAACGUAAAGCUACAUCAUUCAGUAUUUUACCGCCUGUUAUAUCCGCCAGAUUAGUUACGAAAAACAGUUUCCAUUUCCGAUACGGAAAAAUCGAAAUAAGAGCAAAAUUUCCUGAAGGUGAUUGGUUAUAUCCAGAAAUGUGGCUUAAACCAAAGUACGAUUAUUACGGUCCCGAUUAUUCCAGUGGAUGCAUUGUCCUUGGCCUUGCUCGUGGAAACGAUAAUUUAGUGAACACUGUCGAUGGAAGCAUCUACGAUUCAAGAAGAUUAGAUUUUGGAGUCCGUAUAGGUACAGAUUUAGAUAUUAAAAACUACAUGGUUUCUCGGACUGGAAAGAAUGGACCAAGAUGGACGCAAGAUUUUCAUGUUUACACAACGAUUUGGAAUUCCAAAGGAUUUCAAUUCCUUGUAGACGGUGAAGAAGUUGGUAAAUUAAAUCCUCCAACAGAUGGUUGGAUGUAUGGGAAUAAUUUUACCAAAAUGGCUCCUUUUGAUCAAGAGUUUUAUAUCGUAAUUGGUGUGGGAGUUGGUGGUAUUCGCGUAUUUCCUGAUAAAACAACUAGCUCGGGACACAUAAAACCGUGGAAAAAUAUUGAAGCCAAGGCAAUGUUGAACUUUUGGCAUGCAGAAGAUAAAUGGUUACCAAGUUGGGGUGAAAAAACUGCUUUCGAAAUCGAUUAUAUUCGAGUAUGGUCAGCUUAAAAAGGAUUGUGUUAUUAAUAAAAUUUACAUAAAAGGGUACCAGAAAAAUUAAUUUUUAAACAAGUUGCAAUUUUUUAAAUUUAAACAUAAAAUAAUUCUUCAUAGCAUAAUACGUCAAAUAUGUCUUAGAUAUUAAUGCUAUUAGUAAUAAAACGACAUUCGUUA